UUGGCGGGGGAUAGGGGAGGAGGACAAUAUCGAUCAAAAUUUUUCAAAAGUUUCGCGCUCCCGACGGAGGCGGAUCCGGUGGUACCGGGAUUCUUGACUCCGCGGGAAUGACCGAUUAUCGGUCGUCGUGACGGUCGUUUGCGAAAUCGUCAUCGCGUUUAAUCAGCCGCGUUUAUCGAGAGGAGGCGGCCUAUACGGAUCCCGUUGACGAAGAAUGCGAGAGCGCGCGAUAAGGAAGGCAGGAAAAAAGGGAGAAAGAAGAAGAAGGAGGAGGUGGAGCAACGUCAUCUGUCAAGGGAGAAGAAGAAAGGACGAGACGACGAGUGCGAUGGACCUUUAGGUUAUGCUGCCGAACGGGAGAAAAGAGUCAGGAGGAAAUUCGAGGAAGCGAAGAGGGGUGUAGCAGGUGCAAUUGAGAGGAACGAGCGUUUGCUCGCACGGUGUGUAUGUACAGUCGUCGCCAGCAGCGACGGUGUUGCUCGCGCGGAGUGUCGCGCGGAGUGUACAGACAGAACGUUGUGUAAAGUGCAUUCGUGAGCGCGCAAAUGUCAGAGCACCCGUGGUGGAAGAAGGCGAGAGUGUAGGAAUGUGACCGGACGCAGCGUCCGGCGGAUUUGAAUUUUCUCCACAGCUGUGAGGAAACUGUCCAGCGGACGUCGUCGUGAUCGGCCGUGAAUCGUUCACGAUGGAGGGCCAGCAGGUAAGAGCGCUGUACGACUUCACCGGUGAGGCGGGAACAGCGGAAUUGUCCAUCACUGCCGGCGAGCUCCUGACGGUCAUGCGAGACAACGUGGGGGACGGUUGGUGCGAGGGCUUCAAUCAGAGCGGCCGGUCCGGCCUGUUCCCAGCGGCGUAUGUCCAAGUGGUCGAGCAAGCUGCACCUUCCAAUGCUAUGACAUCGUCCCAACAGAGCUCCGGUGAUUAUUGGGACGACGAUUGGGACGACGACUCCGAGGUUGGGCAAACGCAGGCGUACGUGCCAUCCAGCACGCAGCAGCAUGCCGAGCAGGCGGCGCAGCAAAACAACGCCGACCACGACAAUUGCAUCCACGCGUCCAUGCCUAUACAUUCUGUGAUACCCGAAAGACCUAUACCCAAUGUACCAAAGAAGAACAAUAAGUUUUCCACGCUUAUCAAGUCGGGAGAGGAUAGCUUCCUGAUGAGCACCAGAACGGUAAAUGUGCCUGAGAGCGAGAAGAUCUACAUACAGGAGAGCUACGGCGGCUGGUGCACGUGGGCGCCGCGCGGCGAUCCGUACAGUUGCGUCGUCACGUCCCCGAAGAAGGAGUCCAAGCUGAAGGGUCUGAAGAGCUUCAUUGUCUACCAGUUAACUCCUACGUUUAACAGCAUACAAGUCUCAAGGAGGUACAAGCACUUCGACUGGCUGCACGAGCGCUUAGAAGAGAAGUACUGCUUCAUCCCGAUCCCGCCUCUACCGGACAAGCAGAUAUCCGGUCGUUACGAGAAACAAUUCAUCCAGCAUCGGCGCACGCAGCUGCAGGAGUUCGUCGACUACGUGUGUCGGCACCCGGUGCUGUCGCGCAGUAGCGUCUGGGAGCACUUCAUGACCUGCACGGACGAGAAACGAUGGAAAGCGGGCAAGCGGAAAGCGGAGAGGGACGAGCUGCUGGGCGUGAAUUACUUCAACGCCAUUCAAUGCGCGGACAUAGUGUUGGACGCGAUAAAGACGGAGAUCCAGACGGACACGUUCAGCAGAUUCAUCAGCGGCUUGGACCCGGUGGUGAAGAACUUCAUGGCCAUGGUGGUGGACCAGGCGAAGAAGCACCAGCUGUAUAGAAGGGAGUUCCAGAAGAUCAGCCAGUCGUUCACGUCACUCGGCCACGCGCUCGAGGCGGACGACAACAGUCGCGGCAAGCUGACGCGGGCGUUGAAGGCAACCGGCGAUGCUUACAACGACAUCGGCAAACUCUACGAGGAGCAGCCCAAGUUCGAUUGGGAGCCGUUGGCCGACAAGUUCCACAUUUAUCGCGGUAUUAUUAGCAACUUCCCUGACGUCAUCAGCAUCCAUAAGAGCGCCGUGCAGAAACGGAAAGACUGCGAGCGGUUGGUCAGCGAGCACAAGAUGGAGCCGCAGCAAUUGCGCGACCUCUCCCAACGGACCGACGUGAUAGCGCGCGCCCUGAUCGCCGAGGAGACGCACUUCCAGACGGAGCGCGAGGUGCACAUCAACAAGGCCAUAAAGACGCACCUCACGGAGCAGAUCGCCUUCUACCAGAAGAUAGUCAAGAAACUGCAGGAGGCCUUGAGCGCGUUCGACGAAUGAGAAUCGUGCUACUGCAAUUCCUGCAGUUACAUCCGCUGGUUGGCAAGUCGCGCUAACUAAUGGUUAACUAUAACGAGUGCAUAUAUGACUAUAAACGACAAAAUGUACCAAAUGCGCAUAUUUUCGAUGAAAUUUGUACAUAUAUACAGAUACCCUGUACAGGGUGUUUCUUAAGUACUAUCCGAUACUUGUAAGAGUUCACUUUUGAGGUUAUUUCAUGAAGGAAAGUUUAUGUGAACGUGUGUGUUCUCAGAGCUCUCGUAUCGGAGAUAUAAAGUGCUAAAAAAAUUUGUAAAAUUAUCUAUCUUUUUAAUAGCUUUCAGAACGAAGAAAGGUUUGUCCUUCAAAUCAGUGAACUUGGCAGAGGAUGUUGCCUUCAUUCUUUCGUCUAUAGUCGCUGUUUUGUAAAUAGUCAAUGUAUAGAAUAUCAAUAUGUAGAAUAGUCAAUGGUGUAAAAAACGGGACUUAGGCAAUGCAUUAUUGCCCCGAACUUGUACGCCAAUAAACGGAAUCAGAUUUUUAUUACAUUAAUUAAAAAUUGCUUUUAUUAAACAUUAAUUAUUUUUAAUUAUAUUUAA